AUGAAACUUGCAUGCUGCCUAGGUUAAUUAGUGGUUCUUAGAAUUUAAAAAUAUGAAACACAAGCCAAUAGAAUCUUCUAUUUCAUUUUAGUAUGUGAUAAAAACCAAUUAAAAUCAUAAAAUUUCCAUGUCAUCACUUGUCAUGAGUAUUAUCAAUGUAUGAAAGUAACCAACCUAAUCCAUGAACACUUUCCUACGUGUUGGAUAUGUUCUUACCUAUAUAUAUUUGACCCUCAGAUAUAUUCUAAAAGCUCAAUCUUGCAUAUGAAUUUUCUUUGAAGCAAUAACAUCCAUAAGUUUCUUCAUCUUCUUCUUCUUCCCAAGAUCUAAUAGGGGCCAUAUAUUCAUGGGUGAAGGUACUGGAAAACAAAUGGUUGAGGGUGCAUACUCGAUCAGCCAAUAUGAUAACUACGCGAAAAGGGAAGAGAGUUGGGACAUCGUGGAAGGAGAUGACGACCAUGAUCGUGAUGAUAUGUCCGACACCACUUCGACGACAUCGAAUCGAUCUACAUAUUCAUCAGACUUUGUGGAUGAUGCAUCUUCAUCGGCAUCGUCCUCGUGUUCUUCUUCCUUGCGUUCCGGUGGAUCUCUGUACGACUUGUCAGAUCUCAUGGCCCAGUUGCCCAUCAAGAGAGGGCUUUCUAAGUAUUUUCAAGGCAAGAGUCAGUCUUUUACAUUUUUAUCAAAAGUGAAUAGUAUUGAAGAUCUUGCAAAGAAAGAGACUCCGUAUCAGAGAUCAAAAGCACUAAAAUCAUGCAAGAGCUAUGGUGGUGGCUUAGGUACCCAAAGAUCAUACACUCUAAUUCCUAAGGCCACCAUAUCUAAAGUCAAGAAGGCCUCGAGAGGUCCUUUGUCAUUUGCAUCUCUUUCCAGUAGAAGAGGCGCCUCUUUAGGUAUUAUUAACAAUAAUGUCCCUACAGUUUCUGUAACGAAGAAAGUUUAACGUACCUACCCAGCAUAUACAUUUAAUACGAAAUCAACGGUUUUUGUUGAAA